AUGAGAGGAGAAGAGAGAAGUGCUGCUCGUUCAGGCAAGGUGACAAAAAGGGGAGCAGUAAAAGCUGUACAGUACGUGGAGAGUAAAUCAGUGUCCUUCCUUCAGCUCAGCCAUUUCCUCCAUCAGUGCAAACGCUGGCAUCGGCUGAGGACCACACCCGUGGUGAGUUGGAGGCAGCCGGCCCUCCACACCCCAGCUGCUGGACAUCAGCGAGGGCUGCUCUGCUGCUCAGGGCUGCGGCUGCUGGGGAAGGAAAGGUCCCGAAGGUGCCUGGCCGAAGCCUGGCCCCUCUCUGCCGUGCCUUUCAAAACGGAGGCACCGCUCGCCUCAGAGCCCAGCCCAGCCUGGCACCGGGGGAUCCGGCUCAGCUUGCCGCUGGCACGGCUUGGCCCCGACUCCCCCUCACCGGCUGUGGCGGCGGCAGAGCGGGCCCAGGAGCGGGGCCGUGCCGCGGGAUGCUGUCGGCUGUGCCGGGGCCGGGCAGCGGCAGGAGGAAGCGCGGCGCCGCCGUCCCGCCCGCUCGGAAGCGGUGCCCGUUAUGCAAAGCUGAGGCUCAGCCCUCGCCGCCUUCCCCGCAGCCACCGCGCCAGGCGGGACUACAGCUCCCAGCCUGCCCCACCGCCACCUGCCCGCCGCCCGCAGCUGCCGCCCGGCCCCGCCAUGGCCUGGCGAGCGGCUCCCCGCGUCGCGGCCCGGCUGCUGCUGCCGCCGCCGCUGCGGGGGAUCGCCUCCUGCAUCGACCCAUCCAUUGGCCUGACUGAGGAGCAGAAGGAGUUCCAAAAAGUUGCCUUUGAUUUUGCUGCCAAGGAGAUGGCUCCUCACAUGGCUGAGUGGGACGAAAAGGAGAUAUUCCCUGUGGAGACAAUGCGGAAGGCAGCCCAGCUGGGAUUCGGUGGGAUCUACGUGAAACCAGACGUUGGUGGCUCUGGCUUGUCACGACUUGAUACCUCCAUAAUCUUUGAAGCUUUAUCAACAGGCUGUACCAGCACCACUGCUUACAUGAGCAUCCACAACAUGUGUGUUUGGAUGAUAGACACCUUUGGCAAUGAGGAACAGAGGAACAAAUUCUGCCCAUCGCUCUGUAGCAUGGAAAAAUUUGCUUCUUACUGCCUGACUGAGCCAGGAAGUGGGAGUGAUGCAGCUUCCCUGCUGACCUCAGCUGAGAGGAAAGGGGACACCUACAUCCUGAAUGGCUCCAAGGCCUUCAUCAGUGGAGGAGGUGACACUGAUGUGUACGUGGUCAUGUGUCGCACGGGAGGCUCAGGCCCCAAGGGCAUCUCCUGCCUGGUGCUGGAGAAGGGGACACCAGGGCUCAGCUUUGGCAAGAAAGAGAAGAAGGUGGGCUGGAAUUCACAGCCAACUCGGGCUGUGAUCUUUGAGGACUGCGCUGUUCCUGUUGGCAACCGGCUGGGAACUGAAGGGCAGGGCUUCAACAUUGCCAUGAAGGGACUGAAUGGAGGCAGGAUCAACAUUGCAUCUUGUUCCUUGGGAGCCGCUCACGCCUGUGUUCUGCUGGCUCAGGAACAUCUCACUGUGCGCAAACAGUUUGGAGAACCCCUCGCUAACAAUCAGUACCUGCAGUUCAGGCUGGCGGAGAUGGCGACGCGGCUGGUGGCCGCGCGGCUGCUGGUGCGGCACGCGGCGAGGGCGCUGCAGGAGGGCAGGGAGGACGCCGCCGUGCUCUGCUCCAUGGCCAAGCUCUUUGCUACUGAUGAGUGCUUUGGGAUCUGUAACCAGGCUCUACAGAUGCAUGGAGGCUAUGGCUACCUGAAGGAUUAUGCUGUGCAGCAGUUUGUGAGAGACAUCAGAGUGCACCAGAUCCUGGAAGGUACAAACGAGGUGAUGCGGAUGAUAGUGGCCAGGAACCUGCUGCAGGCCUGAAGCCAGGAGUUAGUCUCCAACCUUAAAUUCACACUCUGUUACAGCCUGGUCUGUUUCCCUCCUCUUCCCGGGAGUGGAGGCAGGGAUACCCCAGUGGAAACAGACUUUCUGCCUUACUGUGACUGGGAUCACAGCUGGAUGCCAACCACACGCUGCCACAGCUGCACGCUGUGCCUGGCAGAGCUGCUGUUCCUGGGCUCGUAUUGUGCAGCCUGGAGAUACAAAUCUGAGUCAUGAAUACAAGCCUCUGUCUCCAAAUCUUGAUCAUGGGCUGCUUGGCACCC